GCUGAAGUGGCUGCCCCCAGCGGUGGAUGACGUGGGGCACUAUGGCCGAGGGUAGCCCCGAAGUCGUCGCAGUAUCCGUGUCUGGGGCUGCCAAUAGCAUUAGCAAUGGGGCCGGCGGGACCUCGGUGCAGACUAGUAACCCGCUAUCGCGGAAGCUGCAUAAGAUUCUGGAGACGCGACUGGACAACGACAAGGAGAUGUUGGAAGCCCUCAGGGCACUUUCAGCGUUUUUUGUUGAAAAUAGUUUACGAACACGAAGAAAUUUGCGUGGAGACAUUGAACGUAGAAGUUUAGCCAUCAAUGAAGAAUUUGUAAACAUUUUCAAGGACGUGAAAGAGGAACUUGAAAGUAUAAACGAAGAUGUCCAAGCAAUGAGCAGCUGUUGUCAAGAUAUGACAAGUCGCCUACAGGCUGCGAAAGAACAGACUCAGGAUUUAAUAGUGAAAACCACUAAGCUUCAAGCUGAAAGUCAAAGAUUAGAAAUAAGAGCACAAGUUGCAGAUGCCUUCUUAUCCAAGUUCCAGCUGACACCUGAUGAAAUGAAUGUUCUCCGAGGCUUGAGAGAGGGACCUAUUACUGAGGAUUUCUUCAAAGCAUUGGGAAGAGUAAAACAGAUUCAUAAUGAUGUGAAAGUUCUCUUGCGCACAAACCAACAAACUGCAGGUUUAGAAAUUAUGGAACAGAUGGCCUUGCUUCAAGAAACAGCUUAUGAAAGACUUUACCGAUGGGCUCAAAGUGAAUGCAGAAUGUUGACACAGGAAUCAUGCGACAUAUCCCCAGUAUUAACUCAGGCAAUGGAAGCCCUGCAGGAUCGACCUGUCUUAUACAAGUAUACAUUGGAUGAAUUUGGAACAGCCAGAAGAAGUACAGUUGUUCGUGGAUUUAUAGAUGCUCUUACAAGAGGGGGCCCGGGAGGUACACCUAGACCCAUUGAAAUGCACUCCCAUGACCCUUUGAGGUAUGUUGGAGAUAUGUUGGCUUGGCUCCAUCAAGCUACUGCUUCUGAAAAGGAACAUCUAGAAGCUCUUUUAAAACAUGUAACUACACAAGGUAUUGAAGAAAAUAUUCAAGAAGUUGUUGGGCAUAUCACUGAGGGUGUGUGCAGGCCUCUGAAGGUUCGAAUUGAGCAAGUAAUAGUUGCUGAACCUGGGGCAGUGUUAUUAUACAAAAUUUCUAAUCUCCUGAAGUUUUAUCAUCAUACUAUUAGUGGCAUUGUUGGAAGUAGUGCAACCACCUUGCUGACUACCAUCGAAGAAAUGCAUUUGCUAAGCAAAAAAAUAUUCUUCAAUAGCUUGAGUCUUCAUGCAAGUAAAUUAAUGGACAAGGUUGAACUCCCUCCACCUGACCUUGGACCAAGUUCUGCACUAAAUCAGACGCUUUUGUUGUUGCGUGAAGUUUUGGCAUCUCAUGAUUCUUCAGUCGUGCCUUUAGAUGCUCGCCAAGCUGAUUUUGUGCAGGUUUUAUCCUGUGUCUUGGACCCUCUCCUUCAGAUGUGUACUGUGUCGGCCAGCAAUCUAGGCUCAGCUGACAUGGCUACUUUCAUGGUCAACUCUCUGUAUAUGAUGAAGACAACUUUAGCUUUGUUUGAAUUCACUGACAGACGUCUUGAGAUGCUACAAUUUCAGAUUGAAGCACAUUUGGACACACUUAUAAAUGAGCAAGCUUCUUAUGUUUUAACUAGAGCAGGCUUGAGUUAUAUCUAUAACACCAUACAACAACAUAAACCUGAACAGGGCUCUUUAGCAAAUUUGCCCAAUCUAGAUUCUGUGGCACUGAAGGCUGCAAUGGUUCAGUUUGAUCGGUACCUGGCAGCCCCAGACAAUCUGGUAAUGUCACAACUGAAUUUUCUCCUGAGCGCCACAGUGAAAGAGCAGAUCAUAAAGCAGUCUACAGAGUUAGUCUGCCGAGCCUACAGUGAAGUGUAUGCAGCUGUGAUGGAUCCAGUCAAUGACUACAAAGCUCCAGAGAGCAUUCUCCAUCGAUCGCCACAACAAGUGCAGAGCCUUCUCUCCUGAUGACUUUAUUUGAUGAUGUUAGCAAAAUAUUGUAUCCCUAAAACACUGAAGACUGUCUUGUUUGUAGGCUGUUAGUCUUUAAAUUUUGAUGGCUUAGAUUUUG